AUUAUCUAAAACGAACACCGCUAUCUUCGAAUAAUAAAUACUGUAACAUAUCUCCCAAAGAAGCGCCCAAAGGAGGAAAAAGAAAUAAAUAAGAAUUCAGCAGGCGGUGGUUUGUGCUAGUUGUGUUAGCUCGGAUUGCGUGAUCCACCGGCGCCGCUAAACGGACCAACCCGAUUUUCGUUAUCUGGGGGCAGAAUUUAAAAAAAAAAUAAAAAUUACAAAAAAAAGACCACAGAGAACGAACGAGUUGACUGACUAUCUUCUUCUUCUUAUUAUUAUUUUUCUCCCGUUGAAGGUUAGCUAGCUGGUUAUUUUUAUCUUUUUUCCAACUCUGCGCGGGCUGCUAUCCUCGUCCUUUGCCUCCUUCAUCAAUUCUAUACUCUCUUCUCUCAAUCUUUCACUCAUCUUCGCCUCUCCUGGUCAGAACACAUCGAGCAAACCCAAGGCUUAUGCCUUUUCGCUCUCCUCUCCCUCUUGGUCACGCACGAUGAGCUUCCUCCCACACCUGGGCGUAAAUGGAACCGACAACGUUCCUCUCACCAAUGGCAUAACUGCGCAUCCUACAGAAUGGGUUGUCCAGAAGUUUGGAGGAACAAGCGUGGGGAAGUUCGCUGUUGAUAUCGUGGAUCGUGUCAUAUACCCCAGUACCCUAACACAUAGAGUUGCUGUCGUGUGCUCAGCCAGAAGUAGUUCAUCCAAAGCAGACGGGACCACAAAUCGAUUACUUCGCUCUGCUCGAGAAGCGUCAGACAAUAUAAAAUCUACCCACUAUGUUGCCCUCGUCGACGCCGUCCGACAAGAACACGUCCAGGUCGCUAAGGACCUAGUACGAAACCCAGAAAUAAAGGAACAGUUGAUUAAUGCCAUUGAAGCCGAAUGCACCUACAUCUUCAAAAUCCUCGAAGCUGCCCAAACCCUCGGCGAAAUAACUGCUAAAUGUUUGGACAAGGUAAUAAGCACGGGAGAGAAGCUAAGCUGUCGAGUGAUGGUAGCUUUGCUGGAGGAUCACGGCGUCGAGUCGGAAUACGUUGAUCUAUCGGACGUGGUCAGUUUUGCGACAAGUUGCCAAUCACUCGACCAAGCGUUUUAUGAUCGACUAGCGGUUGCGCUGGCCGAAAAGAUAAAAGCAUGUGGGAAUAAGGUACCCGUGAUCACGGGCUAUUUUGGGCCGGUACCGGGAGGCUUGCUGGAGAAAAUCGGCCGAGGCUAUACAGACCUGUGUGCCGCGCUUGUCGCAGUCGGUAUCAACGCACAUGAGCUUCAGGUCUGGAAGGAAGUGGACGGGAUUUUCACAGCAGAUCCGCGCAAAGUACCCACAGCACGACUCCUGUCGGCCAUCACUCCCGCAGAAGCUGCAGAAUUGACGUUCUACGGCUCUGAGGUAAUCCACCCUUUUACCAUGGAGCAGGUCAUCCGAGCGCGGAUUCCCAUCCGGAUAAAGAAUGUCAUGAAACCCAAGGGCAAGGGCACGGUGAUUUUCCCAGAUCCCGCAGAGCUAGAUAAGACAACGGUGGGCCAUGACCCGAAGCUCUUCCGUACCCGGAGUUCUAGCGUCCUAUCACAGCAGCAGCAGGGUCCGAAACGACCAACUGCAGUAACAGCCAAACAUAAGAUUCUCGUCAUAAACGUUCACUCAAACAAACGGUCAUUAUCACAUGGGUUUUUCGCUGGCAUCUUCUCCGUGCUGGAUAAAUGGCGACUUUCCAUCGAUCUGAUCUCCACCAGCGAAGUGCACGUGUCUUUGGCGCUCCAUUCCGAACUACCCUUACUGAACGGCGUUGGUCAAGACGAGUACCAGAUUAUCGACGAGGAUCUUCGAGGCGCCAUCCAGGACCUCCGCCGAUACGGUACGGUGGACAUCAUUCCGCAGAUGGCGAUUCUAAGUCUCGUGGGACGGCAGAUGAAGAACAUGGUUGGCAUUGCGGGACGCAUGUUCUCCACACUAGGGGAGCACAAUGUUAAUAUUGAGAUGAUUUCACAAGGCGCAAGCGAGAUCAAUAUAUCCUGUGUAAUCGAAGAGAGAGACGCAGACCGUGCUAUCAACAUCCUCCACACAAACCUCUUUACCUUCCUCGAUUGAAACGAAACCUCGGAAAAAAGACACCCCAUAUACCUCCCCCCUUCUCCAACAAAGGGGGGUGACGACCGCCACCAGAGGCCUGUCCAACCUAACCUCCUGGGAUGUAUAACCUUUUUAUGAUACCUAUUUUCCCUUGAAACUUAUUUCCCAUUAUUUUAUAUCCCACCGGAAUUUCCUUUUUUUCCUUUUUCGUUUUUCCCAUUUCCGCAGCGAGGAGAUAUGCGGGGAACAUUUGCAUGCAUGACGAGACGAGCACUCCAACGUGAAAUAUUUUUUUUUCCAGAAAGGAACCUACAUGAUAUUUCGGCCCGCUCCGGUUCCAACAACCGGGUAUAGUGGGUCGAAGUAUUAAGAUCACUCGCACAUACACACACGGACGCGCGCACACCCACCACUUACAUUUAAACACACACUCCACACACGCAUACAGGCGCGCGCACGCGAUUAUAGAAUUCUAUUUUUUUCCUGUCUAUUUUUUUAUUUUUAUUUUUUAUUUUUUAUUUUUUAUUUUUUAUUUUUUAUUUUUAUUUUAUUUUAUUUUUUUUUUUUUUUUUUUUUUGGGAAGGGUGACGCAUGGGAUAUAUAAAAACCACGUCUGGCGUUUAUCUUUAAUUUCGUUUCAUUUCACUUUUUUUUUCAUUCCAUUUUACCUUCACGGACAUAUAGCAUGGUAUGGCGAUUCAAAUUCUCGAUACAGCACAAUGGGAAGGAGUUUGAGAUAGCCGAAUUUGGGGGGCGAGGGGAGGGAGAGAGUGUCCCAUGUCCUAACCACGGCCGAAAAAAAACGAAACACGUCGACGCAACCGCGGCGCAGCUUUUUACAGCGAGCGAUGAUCCGGGUUGCGUCGCGGGGAAGCAAAGCGGGAGAGGGAGCGGAUUUGGAUUUGAUUGAUUGGAUUUAGGCUCGGUCACGUCGUGCGUUGCUUGACCCGAAAACUCGGGAAGAUUUUCCCACCGCCCGUCUGGGAUAAGGUUGCUCCUCGGGAUGGGACCCGGAUGGAUGGAAGGAACCGAGCCAAACUGGUCCAAAAGGAAAAAAAAGAAUUUUUUUUUUUCCACCAUGCAUGCAGAGCUUCUUUCGGCUGUUGCCUUGGUCUCCGGAGGCUACAAGCUACCAAGGCGAGUCGGAAAGCAUGAGUAAAAGAAUAGGAAAAGGAAUUUCGCCAUCCAUGAGCGGGACAAGAAAGGAAAGAAAAAAAGAAAAGGGGACGAAAAAGGAGCCCGAGAGACCACCAAUGAACAUAGGCUAUGCUAUGUACAGUACACCCACCCACCUCACCUACAGUUCUUGCAUCUCGGUGUAUCAUUUCUCUUCGUUUCUUAUUCUUAUUCGCCUUGCUUGCUUCUAGCAGACCCGGACCAGAGAAAAGAAAAAGGCCAAGAUUUGUUUGCCAUGGUGAACAUGCACAAUCGUGCGCCACAAGGUGCAUGCAUGCAUGCAUACAUACAUGCAUACAUGCUUCAUGUUUCCCGUUCGGGACGACGACACGAGCGAAAUUGUCCAAUAAUCUACAUUUUUUGUGUACUCUCCUUAUCACAUUUCUUCCUGGCUCUUGGAGAGAGGUCGAUAUGGAUAUGCAUGGGAUGGGACUGAACUUGGGAACUUACUAUCUAGGAUUUAAUGUAUCUAUUCCCCCCCCCCCCCCCCCUUUCCAUUUUCAUUUCGAUUUGGCCUGACUUGGCUGAAUUGGAUUUUUUCGCGAGCGGGAAAGGGAAAAGAAAAAAGAAAAAAGAAAAGAAAUAUAUACAUAAUAGAAAGCGAGCAAAAGAGCGGUGAUACAUUUUCUCUCUCAGUGUGUGUGUGUGUGUUGUGCCUAGGUUGGGUUGUGUGUGGUGUUUUGCGUGUGCGUGGGUUGUGUGCAUGCGUUUUUUUUUUUUUUUUUUUUGUCGAAUAGUUUCCUCCGAUUUUACUUUUCUUUUCUAGUCCAUCUUACGCUGCAUCUGUAACUACAGCUAUUUAAUUAGAUUUUUUGACUUGAUUCUAUUUUAUUUGAUAUUUCUUUUUUUCCCCCUUUUUUCCAUUAUUUUCUUCCUUGUAUUGAACGAUGCAUAUAUACAUAGUUCUUGGAUCCUUGUAUCGGGAUCAAUGAUCCAACCGCGGACAGGGAAAGUUUCAAACAAGGCACAGUAAGACCGGUCAAUUGGCGGACAGUAACAGUCAGCCUGGCCCAGUGCUGCGGAUUGGAUUGCUGGAUGGGAUUGUAUCAGAGCUACCAGGGGCUAGUGCUGGCGAUGUGUGAGUUGGCAGACACGCUAAAGGGGAUUUGUGAGGAAUGCUGGUAUUAUUGAUUGGUAGUUAGUUAUAUUGCAGAGUAAGUAGUGUGGUCUGGUAGAUAUGGGCUUGCUCUGUAUAUUCUACAUCUCUAUCAAGCGAGAGAGAGAGACCGCGCGGAGAGACAGAGAGAAUGAUUGAUUGAUUGGUAGCGGGAUAUAUAUAUUCUUGUUUCCUAAUUUCCUCUUCCAAGGAGGAGAGGAGGUCGUUUUCGGCCAAAUUUUUUUUUUUUUUUUUUUUUUUGCUGCGCUGGAUUAGUUAAGGUUACCCUGUCUUGUUUUUGUGCCUGAAAUCAGUUGAACUUAGUUAGAAAACUCAAUUCGAAAACUCAAUUCAAGCUGGCCUGCUUAUUGAUGAGAGAUA